AUUUACAAAAUUUCAAUUGUUAUUUUCUCUAGCUCUGUAUUUCCUGUAUUUCCACCCUUGCAUGAUCAUCUCAUUUAUUAUUCUCUUUCUGUCCCUGUCUCAGCCUCCUUUGUAUCUCGAAGUUUGUACGAAGCUCUUACAAGUUCCUUAUGAAACUUCGGACUUGGCCUUUUACUCCCUCUCUUCAAAAACAUCUCAUCUCACCUUCCACCAAGUUGUUUUAUCCCGAUGGAUGUCGUUCUCGACCACCCAUUGUCUGACCCGCACAAUUCCUUAUCCUCGAUACCUUCCGGCAUUUCAUCUUAGUUGACCUCGUUAACCUUGCCUUGUUAUAUAGUAUCGGAACGAGCAAUAACCAUUAUGUUUGGCAUCCGUGAUCUCAUCAACGACCUCGCUGGCCAGGUCUCCCACUCGGUGGCUUUCUAAGAUAGGCUUUCCCCGUUGCUCCAAGCAUCGAAGAACAGAGCUUACUUUUAGGUGGAUAUUACUCUAGCCACCAUGGGGAGAGCUCGUGAGCGUUUCUUGGACUUUGCCCAGGCGCUUCGCCCGUCCUUCUUGUCUAGAAAUCCACACUUUAAUUUUAUCACUGCUCAUUAUUUCUGGAUCAUUGGAUGGACCAUUAUAGGAUCCGUCUUGAUUUAUGCGUCUGCUAAAGGUCAAUUGGCCUAUAUUGACGCCCUCUUCUUUGCCAGCGGUGCAAACACCCAAGCCGGCCUGAAUACUGUCGACGCCAACUUGCUUAACACCUUCCAGCAAUUGGUGAUUUACUUCCUCGCUAUGAUGUCUAAUCCAAUUAGCAUCCACUCUUCCGUUGUCUUCCUGCGUCUCUAUUGGUUUGAGAAGAGAUUCCAGCAUAUUGCAACAGAAGCCAGGUCGCGGCGAGUUUCUAUCUCCAAAUCGCGAUCCAAGGCGAAAGCAAACCUUGUAGACCUGGAAAGGGGCGUCAAUGGCCGCAACAUUACCGUGAUGCACAAUACCGCUAAGGCAUCCCGAAUCACUAACGAUGGCAUCUUACUAGACAAUUAUAGCAUCGAGGGUGCUACAAGCCAUGCGCCAUACCCAAAUGAGUUUCCCAGCAAGGAUGAAUCUGACCCUAAAGAUAGGAGUCAAUCUUUUCAGCGACUUCCUCCGCCUCAAAUCAAAUUUUCGGACCAGGUCAAAAGGAGUGAUGCCAUUGAUUCGGAUGACGAAGAAGCCCGGUUACCGGCUAAGCGCACCGAUGCGGAGCAUAUUGCCAUACUAGAAAGGCAACGCAAUCUCGAUAAGAGUGCGCGGAGAAUGAGAAUUCCUGGACCGCGUGAUGCCGAUAGAGGUGUGCUACCGGAGGAGGUGGACGAAGAGGGGCCAGAAGGUCCUGGUCUCUCAAAUCGUUUGCGAAGAGAAUCAAGUGUUGAAGGCCACCGCCGACCAAUGUCAUCACUAAUGCAGCCUGCAACUCGCCCGGAUCGUCAACCAACCAUCACCAUCGAGGUACCCAUAAAGCCACAUAGAGAAGAGCACGAUUUUCCAGAGGAGAUAGCGGAAGAUGUCGAGGCGACCACUCGCACGACAGAUGCCUUGAAACCCCGGAGACCUAGAAAAGAAGGGGAAAAGUUACAUCAUACCGACACGGCGGUAUCAACUAGUCGUAUCAAUCCUCUGUAUCGCCUCAAGUCUGUCAUAACUCAGGGUAAGGAAGAGGAUCCUCCCUAUCUUAGUUGGCAACCAACCCUGGGCAGAAACUCUGCUUUCCUUGGGCUCUCUGAAGAGCAGAGAGAGGAGCUGGGUGGCAUCGAAUAUCGAUCUUUAAAGACCCUUGCUCUUGUUCUCACAAUCUACUUCUUUGGUUAUACCUUUUUUGGCAUAAUCACUCUAGUGCCGUGGAUAGCCCACAACGAUUACUACGGCGCGAUCGUUGAUGCCGCCGGCCAGAACAGAGUAUGGUGGGGUUUCUUCACGGCAAACUCUGCGUUCAUGGACCUUGGCUUGACGCUUACUCCCGACAGCAUGAACUCGUUCAACACUGCCAUAUUCCCGCUACUCAUCAUGUCUUUCUUGAUUAUUCUCGGAAAUACUGGAUUUCCUAUUAUGCUCCGUUUUAUGAUUUGGUUGUCUUCUCUCAUCAUACCUACCGGGUCCGGUCUUUGGGAAGAGCUGAGAUUUCUCUUAGACCAUCCGCGACGGUGCUUCACGCUUCUAUUUCCGUCGAACGCUACCUGGUGGCUCUUUUUUAUUUUGGUCGCUCUUAACGGGAUAGACUUGAUUUUGUUUAUCAUCCUUGAUCUUCAUGGCGAGGAGGUCGCCAGUCUUCCGCUCAAUAUCCGCUUCCUCGAUGGGUGGUUUCAAGCCACGGCUACCAGAACUGCAGGAUUCUCCUGUGUAAAUCUGGCUACCCUUCACCCAGCCGUUCAAACGUCAUACCUUAUCAUGAUGUAUAUUUCCGUCUUCCCAGUUGCCAUAUCUAUUCGUGGAACGAACGUUUACGAGGAGAAGUCCCUCGGGGUCUAUAAUACAGAUUUAGAUCACGACGACACCAAGCAGAGCAACAUAUCAUAUGUUGGAACGCAUUUGCGUCGCCAACUUUCUUUCGACUUGUGGUACAUAUUCGUUGGCUAUUUUAUUCUCACUAUCACCGAAGGCCCGCGGCUCAUGGCUGGCGAUUUCUCCAUGUUUGCCGUACUCUUUGAGGUUGUGAGCGCUUAUGGCACGGUUGGGCUCAGCUUGGGAUAUACAGGUAUCAAUGCUUCGUUGUGUUCUCAGUUUACCGUCCUUGGCAAACUUGUCCUUAUCGCCAUGCAAGUUCGUGGCCGUCAUCGUGGGUUGCCCUACGGACUUGAUCGGGCCGUUCUUCUACCUAGCGAGCACCUCAACCGUAAGGAGGCUGAGGAAGAGGAGUAUAGGCUACAACGCCGUCAUUCGGCAAUGUCUAUUGGACAGCAUUCUCACCACAGGGCUUCAAGUCUGAAUCGUGGUCGUAGCCGCAGCGUGGAAAGGAGACGCCUUCUUACGGGUCUCUUACACCCUGGUCCAACCUACCCGUUUCACCAUUCACACUCAAUUGGGAAAUCGGAUGGCCAGGCUGGGCUUGGCACGAUGGAGACAUUGAAGAAACAUAUUACGGACCCAGGGAAUGGCGAAAACGGCGAUACGCAUGAGCCGACCCCCAGACGUAGGAAGAGAGCUGAUACACAGCCGUCCCUUGGCCAGUAGCGGAGGAAAGGUACGACAGGAUGGGAAAGGUCUCCAGCGCCGAAACUAUUCAUGGACGAUGAAACACCAGUACGACCAUCUUCACAGCCGAUGCCGGUUCGGGAUGGUGAUGUUGCGCAAGUUGGAGCCUUACCGGUAUACCGCAAUCCUUGGUGGCAGCGAGGUACGACAGUACAGUGGUACCUUGGGAGCACCGGAUGACUUGGGUACUCGCGUUAUUCUCCCCGAACCGGCUGUAUACGGAAACGAAGGAGGAAGUAGAUUAGAUGUACGAUUUGCAUAGAUAAUGUUAGAGACGGAGGCCCAGGCCGAGAAUAGAGAUGUUAUUAAAUCUUAGAUGGAGGCACGAUUGAUUUCUUUCGGUUCGGCUGGAGUUUCCCUCGGACACGGCGUUUGGAUUACAUGAAGCUCCCAAGGAGGUUCAUAUGAGCUAGGAUAUCCUACGGGGAGAGCGGGGGGGGGCAUGCUUUGUCUUUAUUUUUUUUCCUCCCCUGCAUGCUAUGACGAGGAAUUGGGAUUCUCUUGAUAUACUUUAGGUACUUAAAGCCGAGCCAUGUACUUAAGUGUAAAAAAUCACGGCUUAUAUUAUGAUUCCUGUGGAUAAUAAAAUAUCGGGUUAAUAAAUGAUGGUAUUUACUAGG